GCAAACUAGGAAUAAACAAGACAUGGAUGGUUUCUCAGUGGCUCAUCACCAUCAGGACUGUGCCACUCUGUACCCAUGUGGCUACCCAAGUUCUGAAGGAUACAGUAGCCUUUCUCCAGCUUCUUCAUCUGACUCCAGUGGACAGUCUCCUCCAUACAUGCCAUAUAUUGCUACUCAAGAAAUAUUUGGGAAUAUUCCUGCAGCUUAUGCACAGACAACUUGCCAAAGAAGCGGUUUAAGACAUGUUCAAGAAAAAAGGGGCAAGAAGAACACAGGCAAGCUGCCAUAUAGUCAGCGGCAAAGUGCAAGCGAGAGAGAGAAACUUAGAAUGAGAAACCUCUCCAAAGCUCUCCAGAACCUCAGAAGAUACCUGCCUCCUUCAGUGGCCCCUAUAGACAAGACUUUAACAAAAAUUGAAACUCUUCAGCUGACUAUAAGCUACAUUUCUCAUUUGUCUGCACAGCUGGGGCUUACUGAGGAAAUAUUGACACAAAGAAGACUAGCUGAAAUCCAGAGGACUAACAUAUGCCCCAGUGGCCUUAGCAACUGCAUGGAUUCAACUCAUAGACUUUGCACAAGACCUGAGGAAGAUCACUUCAACCCUAGUUCUGCUACAACUACAGUGUCAUUCUCGGAAACAAGAUGUUUUCCAGAACCUGGGUACCAGGGUAGAGAAGCAGUGUGCCAUCAGUCCAGUGAGACACCCCAGCUAUUAAUGCAGGGAAUGACCAACCCACAUUAUGCAGAUCCCAGCACAAUCAGUCAGCAGUAUGUCACCGGACUCGAACACAUGAUUCGCUGUGACAACUACUAUAACCUGGCAGAUAUAUGGAGAAGGGAACAGCUUCAGUCUCAGAUGGACCAAACAUUUUAAUAACCCAGUAAAUUUUAUUCAGUACGUGCUCUAUUGCCCCCAAGCCAUACAUUAUUCACAGGACAGUUCUGGACUCUCAUGGACUUAAAGGGGCAAAGUCUCUAAGAAAAGGGUGUGUUCUGGGCAGAAUUGGAAAAAGUAUGCAUGUACUUAUAAUAGCAAUUAUGAAUGCUUAUUUAUUUCUAAAUAUCUAUUUUCCUGUCUCGUUGGUGCUCCAUAUUGUAUGUUUCCAAUUGUAAAUAUUGUAUUAUACUACUACUAUAUUUAUUUAUUAAAGAUAUGUAUGUUUUUGUAAA